AUGACGUACGAGCCGCAUAAUGUUGUGAUUACCGGUGGAUGUGGAUUCAUCGGUUCGAAUUUCGUCAAUUACAUUCAUGAUGCUUGGCCGAAUUGUCGAUUUGUGAACGUUGACAAGCUCAUUUUGAAUAGUGACACUUACAAUGUCAGCGAACAGGUACGGAAUUCACCUCGCUACAAAUUAGCGUUAGCAGACAUCAAAAAUAGGAAAGCCAUGAGGUCGAUCCUUGAAGAAAAUCAGAUCGAUACGGUAAUUCACUUUGCCGCUGACUGCACCUCUACUCGAUGCUAUAACGAGACCAUUGAAGCGAUUGAAAAUAACGUCAUCGCGUUCAUUGAGUUCCUCGAAGUCGUCAAGGAUUACGGGAAAGUCAAGCGAUUCGUUCAUAUCAGCACUGACGAGGUCUACGGCGACUCCGGCCUCGGUGACGAUGAAGCGGGAAAAAUUGAAGAAAGUCGCUUGCUACCAGGGAAUCCGUACGCAGCAACAAAGAUAGCCGGCGAAGCAUACGUAAGAGCAUUUACUGCACAGUAUAACAUGCCGAUCAUCACUGCACGGAUGAACAACAUUUACGGGCCAAAUCAGUGGGAUGUGAAGGUCGUUCCGAGAUUUAUCGAAAUCGCCAAAGUCCGAGGCGAAUAUACCGUCCAAGGAUCAGGAAAGCAACUGAGAUCAUGGUUGUACGUCGACGAUGCAAGUAUUGGCAUCCAACGGGUAUGUGAAAGAGGAAAAUUGGGAGAAAUCUACAAUCUUGGCACAUACUUUGAGAAAAAUGUAACCGACCUCGCUUAUGUGAUUCAAGCCGAGGUUGAUCGACAGCUGGGCCGGGAAGUGCUACCUCCACGAUUCGUUUCCAUUCCCGAUAGACCAUACAACGAUAUGCGGUACCUUAUUGAUAUUUCAAAAGCAGAAAAGGAUCUCGACUGGACGCCUAAGAUCAGCUUCGAGGAAGGUAUGAGAAGAACGGUGGCGUCAGGCUUACGACCGAAGGAGAGCGUCAAGAUGCAUGUAGCUCUUUAUGGUGGCAAUGGCUACGUUGGACAAGCAUUCCAGAAGCGAAGUUCCUUUCAAAUAACGGACUACAGAUUUGCGAGAAGACAACUCAUACUUUUCCCUACUCAGGUUGAAAACGAAUUGGCUACUUUGAAUGUAACUCACGUGGUAUGCCUCACUGGAAGGACGCAUGGAAACGGAAUAAACACGAUCGAAUACCUUGAAGGUGGCCCGGAUCGAGUAAACGAGAACCUACGGGAUAACAUGUACAGUGCUACCGCUCUGGCUCACUUCUGUCGCAAACUCGGGAUUCACUUCACAUAUGUUGGAACGGGUUACAUCUUCGCCUAUGAUAGCACUCAUCCAAUAGGAGGCCAAGGAUUCACUGAAAAAGAUAUCCCAACUUUCUUCGGAUCGUCAUAUUCCGUUGUGAAAGGCUUCACAGAUCGACAAAUGUCACAUUUCAAUGAGAAAGGAUGGGAAAACAUCAACGCAAGAAUCACUCUACCGCUGACAUACGAGCUCGAUCAACCUAGAAAUCUGCUCUCAAAAAUAAUAACUUACAAAGAAAUUUUCGAUUUGCCGGUGUCAAUUUCAAUUCUUCCGGAUUGCUUCAACGCUAUGGUAUCGCUGAUGGAGAAGAGAUUUGGAGGAAAUCUAAACCUCGUCAAUCCGGAACCUAUCAGCCUGUAUGAGAUUGUGCGGCUUUACAAGGAGAUCGUCGAUCCAAGCGUAGAUCCCAAACCGAUUGGAACCACAACGGAACGAGGACAGAACCUCCUUGCCACAAAAGGAAAUUGCGCUCUCGAUACAACAUUGUUGGAAUCACUGGAGCACAUCCCAACUGCGAGAGAAUCUCUUAUAACCAACUUUAAGCUGAUGAAGCAAACUAAUCAUCAUUGCUCGGCAGCUUCAUAG